AUGGCUCACAAGAACCAUAACAAUGCACUAGCACUACUAGUGUUUGCCAGCAUUGUGGCGCAGGAAGGAAUGUUAAUGGUGGGUGCUGCUCAACGAGAUCUUUUAUUAUGGGACUCAACAUCCGGAAGCUCUCAACCGCCGUACGACGUCCCAUCGAGGACGAAUGCGACUGGUUCUACGCCUCGGAGUGGUGGGGGAAAAAAAUCCGAAGGCCACACCGUCCUCCGCUCCACAUCCGACAAAGGCAACGGUGUCGUCUCCGUCGUCACCUACCCUUCCUCAAAACCCAGCGUGCUUCACUGGGCGUCGACGGAGAGAUGGCUGCAGCAACGGUACGAAGAGAUACACGAGUGCCGUCAGCACAACGAGAGAUUCAGAGUGCUAGGAUAUCAAUGGCGCGCUCUCCGCUUCAACGACGACACCCGCCAGAGCACUGUCAAGGUUUUGGCUGCCUGCAGGCUAUCGGAACCCGAGUCGAUCGCCCUUAUGCAGCAGCCCCAUUGCUUGGCUGUUCCAUAUCUUAGGAGAUUGGUGGCAGCUGGGUUGGCUACUAUAGCAUCCUGUAAUCACAAUCUCAUGAACGCGUUGAGUGGGACUGAAAAAAUGCGUAUAUUGUGCAUUGGUCAGGGUGGCGGAAGCUUACCAUUGUUUUUGGCUAGUGAAAUGCAAGGUAGGUUACAUUGCUAGUUUUCUGUUAAUGGCACUGUGAAUGGUUGAGGGAAAUAGAAGGAAUGAAGGAUUUGCCUCUUUUGCAAGUUGUUUUGUAAUUGCUGAUUCUUUGUGACCUCCAAAUUCAAUGUGUUUUCGGACAUCCUAUCAGAAGUCCUGAGCCGAACAAUUGGGUGUUGAACCUAACUUAGAAUGUUCCAUGGGAUUUCCGGCUUUCUCAAUUAUGACUCCAUCAGGCAAGCAUGCUGUGUCACCCAAUACCAUGGAUAAGGUAAUGUGGAAGGGCAUCCACGAGAGGCUGUUCCUCUAUGACUCCGAUGCUGAGGAUUUCAUUCUCAACACCACCAAUCAGUAUGAUAUGGCCUUCGUUGAUGCUUAUGUGGGGAGGAUAUCUUCCCUUGCAAGUUAUGGGAUCCACAUUCCCCAUUUCUAAAGCCCUCAGCAGCCGGCUUCACCCGGAUCAUGGCACAGUUGUGAACCUUCAUUCGGAUUCUGAUAUCUCGGACCUUGGCUCUCCUCCAUCCGUUCUGCAGCAAACUUUGCCGACGGGGAAGCACUUGUGAGGGUUUGCCGGGCAUACAAGGAUGUGGUAGUGGGAGGGAAAGAUUCUGGUUUGGGGUUUACAGUUUCAGUCCCGUGGGUGUGCAAUUCGUCUCUGGUCGUAUGCAGAGGUUUUGGGGUUAAGGGUGGGGACAGCAACAGCGAUGUGAUCAUGGACGCUCGGAUAUCCAAAUGCUUUGAAUUGGAAAAUGUACUAAACUUACCAUUCUCAUGUUUUGAACAUAUAAAGAGCGGUUUCAUACUUGUGGAUUAAUUUCAUGACAAGUUUAUUGUACCCUGAGCCUAAGGUAAGUUUCUUCACAGUUUUAUUUACUGAGAAUGUUUUUGAGUCCCUGAAUAAAAUCUUCCCCAACAUCAU